AUGGAAUCCCAACAAAUGGCCCUAUCCUGCAACGACGAAUACAUCGCUUCAAUCAUCGUCAGCAGCUCCGAAAAUCCCCAAAUCAACGGAACCCUAAUGUCCGACGACGAUUUCGCACAAGAACUGCAGCUGCAGGAAGUCAUUAUCUCUUCGCUAAUCAACCCCCGCCCAGCGAAAUCCUCCGCCGAAAUCGGCGAAUCGUCGAAAACGGCGGCGGAGGAAGGCGGCGGAGAGUCGUCUUCGCAAUCGCAGUCCCUCUGCGAGAUCUGCGCGGAGAAGAAAGACGCCGGCAGCAUGUUCCCGCUGCUCGGCUGCAGCCACAGCUUCUGCAAGGACUGCAUCUCCCGCCACGUCACGAUCAAGGUGAAGAAGCGCGCCAUCGCCGACGCGGCGGCGGCGCUGGCCUGCCCCGGGGCGGGAUGCGGAGGCUCCCUCGACGCCGCCGCGUGCAGGGCGGCGCUGGCGCCCAAGGCGGCGGCGGCGUGGGACGAGUUGCUGUGCGAGGCGGCGAUCGCGGCGGCGGAGCGGGUGUACUGCCCCUACCGGAACUGCUCGGCGCUGCUGGUGGACGACGGCGGCGGCGGGGAGAUCCGGGAGGCGGAGUGCCCGGUGUGCCGGAGGCUGUUCUGCGCGAGGUGCGGCGUGCCGUGGCACGCGGGGGUGGACUGCGAGGGGUUCUCGAAGCUGGGGAAGGAUGAGAGAGAGAGGGAGGAUUUGAUGGUGCAUGAUCUCGCCGAGAAGAAGAAGUGGAAGAGAUGUAAGCGUUGCAGGUUCUUCGUCGAGAAGCGUAGCGGAUGCUUGCACAUUACAUGCAGGUGUGGAUAUGAGUUCUGCUAUGCAUGCGGAAAAACUUGGAGUUCUACACAUGGUGGCUGCCAAUGACCAUAAUUCACAAGGGAAGACAUUCAAGUAUUUUUCCUGUCACUUUAAUUAAUGUGAUCGUGCCAUAAGUUAUGCAGAUAAUCGAAAAAGAGACAAUAUGCCUUCAUCAAUUCAUUUUCUUUAAUUCAUGUGAGAAUGAGAGAGGAUAAAAUCGUACUUAUUGGCAUUGCUCAAGAGAUUUUUCGUGAUGAUUAAACGAUCUUUACGUUGGUGCAUA